CCCUACAGGGGCCAGCCAGCAUGGGCCACUUUGCUCCCCAGGUGACACGUUGGGACAUGGUGUCCGACGAGGCCUUCUUACUGAACCGUUUGCUUGCCAUGUGGCAAGCAACGAGGCGUCUAUAGAGAGGUGUUUGUUCAGCUGGAAGGAGUGUUGCGAAGCUAGGAGAAGGGUUGCUGCCCCAUGGUAUGUUCCGCUUGGGGACAGUCUGCCUUCAACAUGGGUCAAAGGCUUGAUGACCCAAACCAUCAAAAACGGAGAUUCCGCAGAUUGUCGCUGGUUCAGCCUCCUGAUGAGUCGGUGCAACUCAGACGAAACAAUCUAUCAUCAGUUUUGAUUUUUUCAGUCCAGCACAACGACCAUGCGGUGAAGCACAACUUGAAGGCAACACCAACAAGGCAAACGAACUACAAGGUGUGCAAGCAAAGGUCAUGGAAGGCACGGCCAAUGGAAGGGCAGCAAGGCAGCAGAGCAGCGAAGUGCAGGGGAACACCAACAAGGCAACCAAACUACAAGCUGCGCAAGCAAAGGUCACAGAAGGCACGGCCAGCGGAAGGGCAGCAAGGCAGCACAACAGCGAAGCGCAAGGCAACACCAACAACACGGCCACACCACACAGCGAAGACAGCACGACCUGCGAAGCAAGCGGAACGGGCAGCAAGGCAGCGGCGGAGCGCAGAUCAGGCAGUUCAUGUUGGAUGGGUGACCCAUCCAGCACGGAGCAAAGCGGCACAUCACCUAGUCACAUCACGGGUGAACCCUGCAGACUGUUGGUUCUCAUCACCCACUGAGCCAGGGACACACUGUUUCAUAAAGGCUGGGAUGACCCCUGGAGAACACCCAGUAGUAGGCGAUCAGGUUAUUGUAGCAUACGGCUCUGAGAAAUGGGCUACUGCACCUCGAGUUUCUGCUGUGCAUCUCUGGAUCAAUAACUACGUCAAUAACAAGAACGAUGUGGCGGUUGUGAAGCUUGCCGCCGCCAUCCCCUUCUCUUCAACGGCUACUUCUCUUCGUCUAUCUGCUACAGACGAUGGAUUGUCAAAGGAAGGAGCAGACCUUACAGUCAGCGGAUGGGGGUACAUUCAGCCAGAUAUUGGAGUAAUCAGUCCAUCGAAUCGGGUGGCGAGAAUCAACGCCCUACCUUCUUCAUGCAGCCAGGCAUAUCCGGAAUUUGACGGCAGCGUGAUGCUUUGUGCGGGCUGUAAAGAAGGGGGCACAGAUGCAUGCAACGGAGACUCGGGGGGACCUUUAGUCUCUUCCGCCUCCUCCAAGGGAUGUCCUGUCCUUGCCGGGAUCGUCAGCUGGGGCUUCGGCUGUGCUGACAAGGGCAAUCCCGGAGUCUAUGCGCGAGUUAGCAGCUACAUUGACUGGGUAGAGAACAUUGUUAAGAAGCCAUUACGGAGCACACGGGCCCUUCAACCCACAACGGGAUGUGACCAGUGCAAGUCGAAAGCGGCGCCUGCAGGAUCUUGUCAAGCAUCAGCCUCCUUUUCAAUUGACCGUUGUCUGGUCGAGUCCCGUCUGGCGGAUGCGUUCAGCCUCAAGCCUUCGCAAUGUGUUGCAGGAAACCGAACGCUCACUGCCCAGCUUCCACCUUCCGCGACUUCUCUGCCAGCCAAUUUCGUCAGUGGGGGGGUAUACUUCCUUUCCUCCUCUUCAGGGAAGGGAAAGGACACAAUCCUAAUCAACGGUGUGGUUGUGAACACCCCUCUAAAAACCCCAAUAACAGUAUCGCCAGCUGUUUAUAGUUCAACCCGCACCUGGCUGUACCAGUCUGCUUCUUGCACUCAGCCACCAAGCACCAAUUAUGCAGCUGUCUAUGUGUCGCCUGGUGCAGACCCGUACUAUCAAAUCUCCAUUGCCGUUAUCUAAUAGGCUCCUCCUCCUUCCUAUUCACUGUCCGGCAACGAGCAAAUGCAGCCACUCCAAUCUGCAUCAAAAUACUACGACUAUGCGGAGAACAGUAGAGUUCUGAUCAAAACGGAUCUUGUAGACAUGAACGGAAAUGUAUUUGCAGACUAAACCACCUUGCCCUACUAUCUUCUAGCCCAUCACAAGAAGCGACCUAUGCCAAUCCUUUUCUGAUCCAUUGUGUUUGUUUGUUUGUUUGUUUGUUUGUUUUUGUUUUUUUUGUUUUUUUUUUGUGCAUUAAUUGAAAUAGAAUAGAAAUGGCAACCGGCACCUUAUUUAGGUUGAAGUUAUCACGAUCCGGACAGCUGAUGACGUCUGACGAUGAUUCGUAACCAUCAAGUAGGUGCAAUUCGAAUGACAGAACAACUCCCACGCGGGAGGUCCUGUGUUCGAUUCUUGGAUCGGAUGAUGGACGAAAAAUGCAAUUCAAUGCAACAACUGGCAUGUCUGCAGCUCUGCUUCUUUUUUGGCAAUGCUGAAGACGAUGACUUCAAGGGAGAAAAGGAAUCCAAGCAGCAAGAUGGUGGUCAGUGAGGAGGUAGAAGAGGGGACUUCUCACGCAUCCGUGUCCAGUUUCGACACAUCCACCAGGCCCUGAUGCUUGGAGGGGUACCUUACCUUUUUUUCCCUUUUUCAUCAGAACUGCUCCAAUCUAGUGGGGCGCCACAGGUUCUGAGAUCCGAGUACCUCUGACGGUUGGUCAUAUCACCAAUGUUCUCUGCUUAUGACAGCAUGCAUCAAAUAUCUACAGGACGCAAUGUAGUUCUUCAAGCUUUGGUAGGAGAGUGACUGGCUAGCUUCGCAAUAAACCUCCAACCAACAGCAAACCCUAUUUUCUUUUGUAGAUUAGCUAGAAAGAAGGCUGUCGCUCAGGCUUGCGCAAAUUUAAAGUCCAUGUGGACACUUAAGGGGCACCAUGUCGGAUGUUGCUCGACCUCGUUAUCCUUGUUCAGACAGGUCUCAGGGCUGAAGAGGAUAAAUUAGAUCUGCUAUACAGUGCUAAUACGAUAUCCACUUCUGUGCGCCCCACGGCAAGAACCUUAACCAGUUCAAAAUAGAUUUCUUGUGUGAGGCGAAAAAGAGCCCCGAGUUGGUGUCCCUUGUUGAGGAACGAACCUCAACAAGAAAGGUUGGUAUUACUUCCCACGCUCACUGAAUCGGCUAUGAAGGAUUGACUGGGCCAUAAUUGGGCGUCCACAACUGUUACAAGGGUAAGUAGGGUUGGUUUAUCAAAUGGGCCUAAUUAUGGGCCAAACUGUGCCGAAGCGGGCCCAACUGAGCCUGAUUGAUGGGCCUAACUAGCCCUAACUGGGCCUGACUGCAGCUUCACGAGAACGUAAAUUGGGCGUCCACAACUGUUACAAGGGCAAGUAGGGUUGGUUCAUCGAAUGGGACUCUAAUUAUGGGCCAAACUGUGCCGAAGUGGGCCCAACUG